AGAAGCCCAGACCUCCUCCUGGUGGAUGCUGUCCAAAGAAAUAUAUCCAUCAAUGCUGCCCGUCCGCGGGUGAUAAUGAAACUAUCUAUCCUUGUGAAAAACAACCGACAUCGCCAAGACCCGGAUCAGGUGUCCCUAAAGUAAUUCUUCCAACCCUCAACCCAAGGACUGCCUGUGCCUACAGCUGGCUUACUCAGGCAUGUGCAGGUGGAUUUUACCUGGACGGUAGAUUACAGCCAAAAGCUUGCCCAAAAGGUAUGUGCAUUUAGUCACAAUAUAAAUGCGUAUCAGUAAUCGCAGGAUCGAUUCCUGUCAGAGGAAUAUAGGAGGAAUAGUUGCAUUCCUCGCGGCUGCUCCUGGUUAGGUCUGAUAAAGUGUAUAAAAUUUCCAUCAAAAUCGCUCGAAAUUUCCAUCUGCUGUAUGUAAAAUCACUAUAUAUGUCCGUAAUAAGGUCACACUAGAACAUGUUUACUUUCUUUUAGUGAAUUGUAUACGUUUAGUACAAGUAUUAGUCGUAUUAGGGAGCUUAAGCAAGCGACGUCAAAUUACCGAGGGGGGACUGGAUUAAAAACUUGUGUCAGUUUGUGGUAAUCGUCAACGCAUAUGACAAAAGUUUUUUGCUUUCUUACACGAGCGCUGUGCCUAUAUGAUGCAAAAUGCCGUAAAAAUUAGUUAACCAAUUUUUGGGGGACGUCCUUGUUGACAAAAACGUCGCUUGCUUAAGCUCACUAUUAGUAUUUUUAGAGUCGGGCUAACAAUAGUCAUGUAAAAUGGUUGAAAAAUGAGCAUUAACUUUAAUUAUUUAAAUAUAGGUUUCUAUUGCCCACUUAAAGCUCUGUGUAUUAUUCCCUGUCCGUCUGGUGCUUAUUGUGUACAGAAGAAAAUGAAACUUGAAAGUGUAAGUAUAUAUACAUGAACGUGGUUUCGUUACUGACAGGGGCAAAUGAGUUUUGUACACUUUGGAAGAAAUGUUGACUAUGUUGAAAAGUCUUUAUGCAUUACAAGAUAUGCAUAUUUAACAAUUAUAGACAACGAAGCCGAGUUGUCUAUGAGCGAAUAGUCAACGAGGCGAAGCCGAGUUGACUAUUCGCUCUGAGAGAACGAGGCUGAGUUGUCUAAUUGUUUUAGUAUAAAUCACACAAAGAAAACUGAAAUUUUAACUUGAUUUUUAUGUAAAACAAGACGCUCUAUGGAGCGUUAACUCGCUGGGGCUGUACAAAUAAAAACUGAAUUUUGUCACCAUAUUUGCUCAUAAUUUGGUAACCACAACAGUAAAACAGAACAAUUUACAGAAACGAAGACGCCAGCUCAGGCGCGCGUUCACAUUGGCCUCGGCCGUUGGCCAAAUAACCUCUCAAGCAAUCUCGUACCCAGAGUAUGCCCGUUCGCAGGUUAGGCGCUGGGCAUACCCUGGGUACGAGAUUGACCUCUCCUCGGUCCCAGUGUCUUUAAUAAUAACAACUAAUAAUUUAAUGAUUUAUAAAGCGCUUUUUACAUGUAAUGAUCAAAAGCGCUGUAUUACAAUAUAACUAAUGUUCAAAGUGUAAUAAAAUGUUGAAAUGUUAACUUUAAUAUAAACUAAAUAAUUAAAAGCUAGUUUAAAAAGAUGAGUCUUAAGACAAGUUUUAAAAACGCUUAUUGACGAAAUGUCACGAAUUUCUUUUGGAAGUUCAUUCCAAAGUUUCGCAGCUGCCACAGUGAAAGAUCGGUCGCCAAAUGAUCGUAAAAAUUUACCCUUAGGGAACUCUAGCAUUAUGCUAUCAUUAGAGCGUAAAAGGUAAUUUCCUUCACUUUGACAACAAGUAGGUCUACCAUGUACUUUGGAGCCAUUCCAUGUAAAGCUUUAAAAGUAAGCAAUAGCAGUUUAAAAUGGAUCCUGAACUUCACAGGUAACCAGUGUAGUUCACGUAAUAUAGGUGUAAUGUGAUCGUAUUUUCGUGUUGAAGUCACUAAUCUGGCAGCGGCGUUCUGAACCCGACAUUAUAUGACAUGACAUUGAUAAAUUUGAAUCAUGCCAAACUCCUAGAUCACGAGCUAUUGGUACAGGAAAGACAUCAGCAUUCCCGAUACGUACAUGGCAUGGGUUAAGUUUCCGCAGUUGCUGCUUAGAUCCAAUUAUUAGCAGGGGCGAAACUUGAGGGGUAUCGGGGGGGGGGGGGGUGACCCCCCCCCAAAAUACGAAUCAUCUGGAUUGGCAGGGCGAAUCAUCAGGAUUGGCAGGGCAAUCAAAGAUUUUAAAUAAUAGAAUGUAGAGUUAUCCCCGAGCCGGCGGCGCGAAGCGCCGUGCGAGGGUACUAAUUCCCCCCGGCUAUUUACACCCGGGGGAAACGAAAGCAUUAGCGGAGUCUAAAGUUCAUCAAAUAUCGCGGGCGUCGGUCACCAACGAUGGGUGGUCAUCCUUACUGAUCUCAAAAAUAUGGCGGACUGUCAUGAAUAACGAACACUGAUUGGUCCAAUUUAAAGUUUGCAUUAUAACGGCUAUAUGACGACAGCGAAAUAGCAAACAUUUCUUGAUUUGAUGAGUUGAUGAUUGAUAAAUUUCUUGCAAAUAUUCUUCAUUUUUGCUGGUAUUUCUGCAAGAUUUUGUAAAUUUCAAGAAGAAAGGGCGAAAGAAUCAGCUAAAAGAAGGGAGCCGACGUUAACGAAGGUAAGUUUGUUUUAAAUAUUGAUUUUAUAAUGGCUUUAAAACCCGACGGCCUUUGCGUAUAUGAAACAACUAUUAAAACAAGACAGCAUAUAAUUUCAGUGUAUCUUUAAUACUGAUUCCCUUUUUUAUUAUAUUGAAUUUUUUGAAUAAAAAAUAAAGCAAAGUUGAUUUGCAAGCGAGAAUUUGAAAUCAUUUUAUUGCAAACUCAAAGUUUAUCGAUAAAGCCAUUUAAUAGUUAAAGGCAGUUUAGUUUUAUAAAGAACACUUUAAAACGUUUUGUGAAUUGUUUGUGGUUGAAUUUUACCUUAAAUUGAAGCUUGUAUUACGUAUAAUUACAUACCUAACAUAAAUAUGUUGGGAAAUUGAUAAUUUUGUAAUUAAAAGUAAUAUUUUUAGGCGAUUUUCAUUUGUAAGAAUAUUCUUAAAAAAUUAUCGUGUUACCAUGACAACUACUUUAGAUACUUCAUGUUCGGAAAAUACAACGGUUUUGUCAGCAAGGCGAGGGUUUCUGCAUGCAUGUAUUUUCUAGUUAAGUAACUUACAGGGCGGAAUAUUGAAUAGAAUUUUAUAGACCUAAUUUUACAGAUAUUGGUCCAAAAAUAAGGGUUUUGGACCAUUUUUGUCCCCGAGCCCGAAUCCCCCCGGCUAUUUACACCCGGGGAAACGAAAGCAUUAGCGAAGUCUAAAGUUCAUCAAUAAUCGCGGGCGUGGGUCACCAACGAUGGGUGGUCAUCCUCACUGAUCUCAAAAAUAUGGCGGACUGUCAUGAAUAGCGAACUCAAAGUUUAUCGAUAAAGUCAUUUAAUUUAAAGGCAGUUUAGUUUUAUAAAGAACACUUUAAAACGUUUUGCGAAGCCGGUUUGUGGUUGAAUUUUACCUUAAAUUGAGGCUUAUAUUACGUACAACAACAUACCUAACAUAUAUAUGUUGGGAAAUUGAUAAUUUUGUAAUUAAAAGUGAUAUUUUUAGGCGAUUCAGUUUAGGCGAUUCAGUUCAGAUUUAGGCAGUUCAGUCUUCAAAUUCAAUUUGUUCUCUUUACAUUUUAAGAUAUUUUUCUCAAAUUAAAAGUAAUUUAUGAAACUUAGAGCUUCGUUGAAAAGGAAAACAGUUCAUGUUUUUAGGCAAAAAGUUAAAGCAACAAAAUUCGUAAACAUUAAAUAUUCAAAGCAAACUUGCCGUAUAUUUCACGAUUUCCCAUAGUAAAUCAAUUCUUCUCAUUUCUUCAAACAAAAUUGCUUCAAGCUUAAUGGACAACUUGCAUGUUAGACGAAAUUUUAAUCUAAGCAGAGAAAAGGGAAUCAAACACCACAGCUAAAAAGAACGUAUUGAAAUUAGUAAAAGUGCAAAAUUUGGUUGCGAAAUGUUGUAAAGCUUGGAAAAUAUAGCCUUGCAAAGUUUGCAUAUUUUCAGUAUAUUUGUAUUACGAGCGGAAAUUGUUACCAUUUUCGGCUCAAAAAUGGUAACAAUUUCAGCACGUAAUACAAAUAUACUGAAAAUAUGCAAAUUUAGCAAAGCUAUAUUUUCAAAGCUUUACAACAUUUCGCAACCAAAUUUUGCAAGUUUACUAAUUUUAAUAAGUUCUUAACGGGAAUUUACUUUUUUUUUGCCUAGAUCGGUUAGUUCAAAAAUUUGUCUAACAUGCAAGUUGUCUAUUGUUGUAUAUGAAACGAUUUUCCAAAUAUAUGUCAUUUAAAUUGAAAUCUUGCUCAUUCCACUCCUACAAGCAAUCAGCCAUAUUUUUGAGAUCAGUGAGGAUGACCACCCACUCAACACCGUUGGUGAGCCACGCCCGCGAUCAUUGAUGAACUUUAGACUUCGCUAAUGCUUUCGUUUCCCCGGGUGUAAAUAGCCGGGGGGAAUUAGUACCCUCGCCCCGGGCUUACGCCCGGAAUGGCGCUCCGCCAACCUCGUUCCCAGGGCUUUUCCCUUUUUGUCAUUGGGAAGGCGGCAAAAAGGGAAAAGCCCUGGAAACGAGGUUGGCGCUCCGCGCCGUUAAUUGGCUCGGGGAUAAUUAAGUUUACGUUAAAAAGCGGAAUAAAAAUACACGCAAAAGAAUCCGAAUGUCGUUAAAAUCUUUAAAAUAUCUGGAAAAAUAAAGAGACAAAUCAUUUCCAUCAUAUCAUCUAGUAUACGGCAUAGACAAAAGUUUAGAUUAAAAUUUAAAGAUGAUGUCCACUCCUGUGCGCAUGAGCGAACUUUGUUAACGUUUUGAACUGCUAUAUUUGUAAAAUAUGAUAUACUAACUGAAUAUAUCUAACACUUUUCUGGUUCGCUUUACUUGUAAAUGAAUAUAAACAGGGAUGCCGGAAGUUGCUGGGGGCUAGGGGUGCAAUUGGUUAACAAGAGGGCAUAUUCCUUAACAAAAGGGCACUAAUGAAAAUGAAAGGGUAUCUAAAAAUUAUUUUUGGCGACCUCCCCCGUCGCCAAAAAUGUUUUGGUCAGUGUACCAUUUUAGGGGUACAAAAAAUUUUCCGGUCAUACCACAAUUUUUCCUAAAUACGAAAAAAAUUUUCCGGACAUACAGAACAUUUUCCGGAUAAUGUUAUUUUUUCCAGAAAUUAAAACAUUUUUCCGGAAAUAACAUAGAUUGAAUUUUUCAAAAAUGCCCUUUGCGCAAAAAAAAUGCAAUUUUUAAUGAAAAUUUUUCACGCAAAAAGGGCACUUUGUGCACCCGUUGCACCCGUAUUCUGCACCCGUAAAGUUGUGAAGACAAAAGGCAACGGGUGCAACUGCACCCGCUGCACCCGUGGUUCCGGCAUCCCUGAAUAUAAACUAUUUUGAACGAGUUUUAUGCUCCUGGACGUGACGUGUCUAAAUAAAUAAAUAAUUCAUUCAUUCAUUCAUACAUUUCAAUUCAAAAAAGUUCGAAAGAUGCAAAAUUUGGGCAAUGUUUAGGUAUUUUUGUUAUGAGCAGAACUGAUGCGCAGAACGGAGUGGACAUCAUCUUUAAUCGAAAAACUCGAUUAAAAAGGUGAAAACCCGAUUAAAAAGGCGAAAAACAAACUCGGUCAAAAUCUUGACAUUUAAACGAAAAAAUUCUUUAAAAUGAUAGUUAAUACACGAACUCGUACUUAAAACAAACACACACUAAAACUGUAAAAGGUUGAGAAAAUAGCGGUAAGUAACUACAAAUUAUUGUUGAAUUUCAACGUUUCUGCUUGGAAUAUUAACAAACAUUGUGCAUAUCUUUAAAAAAUCGCUUGUCACUUUCAUGUUCAAAACUACGAGCAAAAUUUUACCGUAUGUGUCUGCAGCUUCCAAAAGUCUUUGUUUUUGUGUAAUUCAGAACCAAAAUUAGGCCAUUUUGACAAGCUUUUUUCCUUUAAAUGCAGCUUUUAAUACUUAAAAACGACCAUUGACUCUCGCGCCCUUCGAGCCUACUAGUAGCGUAGCCAAUCAGAACGCACGGUAUAUGAUAGCCCACUAGUAGGUUUAUAUAUACUAAAAACAAUUGGUAAUGGCGCAGCAAAAUUUUAUACAUCGAGCAGUUCGCAUUCACAUGUUAUUAUAAUGGUAAAUUCUAGAUAUGUGGCUGUCGCACGCAAUUAGUCUAGGGCUGAUAAAGUUAGAGAUUGUCUUUCUUGACCUCUGGCGAGAACCGAUACAGUCGAAGUGCCCAGUUGUUGUUAGUAUAUAUUAUUAUCUGUGCCACACCUAGACCGUGCGGUUAAUAUUUUCUUCAUUCUUAAUUGACAGAGAAAAGUGCAGUGCAAUGGUUUCGGUGUGUGUUGUGGUAAUAAUGAGCCUCCUCUUAUACUAAAUCAUACAGCAGGAACAAAAUGUAAGGGUCUGAAUGAUUCAAAUUGUUUGUGCGGUGGUACAGAGACACCUAAACCUUGUCCUGGUGGUUAUUACUGUCCAACACCUGAUGAUAAGUUACCAUGUGGGUCUGGUGAUUAUUGUCGUGCUGGAAGCACUGAACCUGAGCCAUGUCCGGUAGGUACAGAAUAUAAUAUUGGUAUAUUUGUGUGGAAUUCAUUAAGAAUUCAUCAAGUAACCACAAAAGAAAUCAUGAACGUGAAACUGAAGGAGUUUGUUUAUCUCAUACAAAAUCAUGCUGAUUUGUAUAAACUUUAAGUUCAAUUUUCUCACCAAAUAUCAUUCAUUUAUUUACGUUACGUUUCGAGCCAAGACCCUUCGCGUUGGGAAGUUAAUAGUAGCGGGGGUCUGCAUGCUGCAUUUUGGUGCACAAAUUGUUUGUGUUAAAAUAUUUCUUAUUUUCAGGCUAAUAAACAAUUUUUCAACACAGACUGCUAUUUAAGGCAAAGACCUGCCAAAGUGUAAGAGUUUCCAUUCAAGCGAAAAUAUAGCUCUUUAUUAUAGUCAGUCAUCUUGCUAAAUCUCGCAUAAACUUCGGUAUUUUUCAGAUUUAAUUUUUCAUAAAGAUGAUUCUUGGUAUUGUACUAUUGAAUUUGUCCUUUUGCAAAACUGAUAGUCUUGAAGAAUUCUGUAAGGCAUCAGUGAUUACUUUGGUUGAAAUUAAUUUCGGGAGAAAAAGAAUGACAACCAUUUUUCGUAUCCGUUUAUAUUGCCAGUGGCGGCGCCAGGGGGGGGGAGGGGCAAGGGGAGGGGCAAAUGCUCCCCAAAUUAUUUUUUGCCCCCCCCCCCCCCAUUUUUCCCCCCUCAAAAAAACUAAAGGCUACACAAGCGUUUUGUCGUUAUCGGAAAAUGUAUGGCUUAUAAGUUGUCAUUACUCAUUUAUAGUGAAUGCGCGUACACAUGAAACUGUUUUUUACAGUUUCAAUAUUAGUUUGUAAAUCUCUGAAUGGUAAAACUUGCCAAUACUCCAAUAAUACGUUUCAAAAAAAGACAAAAAAGCUUUAGUUUUGCAGAGUUCAAUUCUCAAACGUGUAAGGCACUAAUAAGAUGAAAGUAUCACGAAAUUAUUUGAAUAAACCACAUCGCAUAUAUGGGGGGCGAAUGUCCUAAAGAGGGGCGAUAUUCCUAGGGUGUUCGCCCCACCCCCCUGGGAGCCGAUAUCGCCACGUUUUGAGGGGGGCGAAUCUCCUGGGGGGGGGGGGGCGACCUUUUUAAAAAUUCUAUCUUGCCCCCCAAAAUUUGAAUUUGCCCCUCAAAUGCCCCCCCAAAUUUGGAGGCCUGGCGCCGCCACUGCUAUAUUGCUAUGGUGUAAUUAAGUUUAUGACUGUGUCGACAAUCGACAUCAUAUUAGUAUUAAUUUACACCAAAAGACUGAAUGCAUGCAUGCAUGGUUAAGCAUUUAAAACUUUUUUACACUGCUUCAGUGUAAUGAUGCUUGUGAUGUUACUCUGAGUGUAUAUCCACACCGGGCAAGCUUGAAAAAUAUGCCUGACCACGGUGGGAACAGGGUGCGAUAAUUCGCGUACCAACGUACCGGAGGUACGCCAAAUUUAUGGUCUGGUACUUCUUUGUUUUUAGGCAAAUACCACGUAGGUACGCGGAAAUUUGCUAUUCGCGUACUUACAUUUUCCUUCUAGCAAUAACUAGCAAACCUGCCAAAGUAUUCAAAACCGUGAAGAACUUUAGCUGUACAUGUAAAUUCCACGCAUCCGACAUAUUUCGAAAUGAAAAAAGCCAAAAGGUUAUCUUUACGCUUGAUCAAAAAAUUUAUCGUCAUCGUCCAACUGAAAAAAUAUCGUCAAACGUCAAACGCCGAUAAUUUUAUCGUUUUCGUUGUAGUGUGGACACCAACAUAAUUUUUUCACCAAUUAUCGCGUGUUUUCAAGUUAUCGUAUCGUUAUCGUUCAAGGCCUUUAUAAAAAUAAAAUACCUGUGGUUCGGGUUUCCCGACCAACCCUAUUUUUUCUGCCCACCCUAUUAUUUUUUUUAAACGCGAUUGACCGUGCGCCGUGCGACCCUAUUUUCUCCGGGUGGUUGCGGGCUGCUCCUACAGCGUGCCAAAAUGGCGUCUGUUGUCACAAUAAUUAUUGAACCAAAUUGCCUAAAUUCGUCCCUGGGAACUACGCAUCUCUAGUUAAUAUUGAUGUCGGGACUCUACUGAAAAUCGCCCAGAAACAAAACGCGAAAACCAUGAAAAAAAUAUUCAAAAUUUUUUUUAUUUCCGACCUAUACCUACCCUAAUUUUUCGCAAUCUGAAACAGGAACCACAGGGUUUUUUUUAGGCCCAAUGAGGAAAACUACACUGUAUGUAGCUGAGGUCAGACUGUUAGCACCCUCGGUAAAUCCACUGUAAAUGAGCGUUGGCAUUCGAGUCACAACGUCGACGCUUUGAAAACUGUUAUAUUAUGUUGUACAAAUACCAUAAUUAAAGAUUUAUUUGUACAAAAUUGCCCAUACAUUUUUUGCUUUUGGACCAGUAAACUAUAAGUAGGUAUAAAAACGCAUGACUCGGAAGUUGUCUUAGGUACGUCUUGACUCUUAAGUGUGUACCAGACCAGAUACGCGGCAAAAGUUGUCGGAGUACCAGUCAGGUACGGCUAAAAAUAUUGAAUUAUCGCACCCUGUGGGAAUCGAACCUACGACCUUUGGAAUACUAGCCCAAUGCUCUGCCAACUGAUAUAUUUUUCAAGCUUGCCCGGUGUGGAUAUACACUCAGAGUAACAUCACAAGCAUCAUAUUCACCUGAGUACAUUACACCAACAUAGAAAAAAUCAUGAUUAUUAGAUUACAUUGAUAUCGAAGGAACUAGAUUCUGUUCCGAAAUAUCACAUACUCGAACCGACCAGACCGCGUAGCUCAGUUGGCAGAGCAUUGGAUUAGUAUUCCAAAGGUCGUAGGUUCGAUUCCCACCGUGGUCAGGCAUAUUUUUCAAGCUUGCCCGGUGUGGAUAUGCACUCAGAGUAACAUCACAAGCAUCAUAUUCACCUGAGUACAUUACACAAACACAGAAAAAUCAUGAUUAUUAGAUUACAUUGAUAUCGAAGGAACUAGAUUCUGUUCCGAAAUAUCACAUACUCGAACCGACCAGACCGCGUAGCUCAGUUGGCAAAGCAUUGGGCUAGUAUUCCAAAGGUCGUAGGUUCGAUGCUUCAGUGUCGUUGUAUAAACUUUCAGCUGUGUGGGCACCAUGGUGGUGAAGACAAAGGCAAAGAUUUAAAACCGCCGUUGCAGAUGAGGUUGCCCAUAUAACUAUUGAGUAGAGAAUACGUGUUUUUUAUUUUUGUAGUGGCUUACAAGAUGUAAGAAAAGAAGUUCAGCUCCAAUCACCAACUUUAUUGCCCCCUUACUAGAUGCCCUCGUGUUGUUACUUUUCAUUGGUUUACUCGUACUUUAUUACAAAUGGCGGACAGUCAAGUUUUACUGGAAUUUUUACUACACGAGAUACACUGGCAGGGAACGCUCUUCCACAAGGAGUUUUUGUGUGGACGCAGGACUCGCUCACAGUACUGUCAAACUUAGGGCCUUUCAGGAGUCUGACGCAGAUCAACAAAUUGAGCCAAAGUCAUACACAAUUGAUAUUAGCUUUGAAAACCUCGGGCUGACUUUGAAAGCAGUAAGUUUUAUAUUAUUUUUUGUCAUUCCUGAGCAGGCGGAAUCGCAUAGUCAGUAUCCUAGCAUUUCCGUCCGUAGCAGCGGACAGAGUUUUACAUAUUUUGACCAUGGUCCAGAAUUCUAGGCUAUAGGAGACUCCGAUUUGUUUGUUUUCUCAAUGUUUUUAUUGAUUGUUUUUAAUAAAGUGAAAUAGAACGUUUUUCUCGCUUAGUACCCUUUGUGUAUGUUUCUUAAGUCAACAACUGAAUUGCUUCUUUUUUGUUGAAAAAAUAACCCAUGAUCUCCGAAAAGUACCUAUGCACAGCAAUCUGCAGUCCCACUAAAUAAACGAUGUCAUUUUGUUUCCGGUACAGGGAGAAAAUAAAGGCAAGGUAGUGUUAGAAGGAGUGACAGGUCGUGUAAGUUCCGGUGAAGUUACAGCUGUCAUGGGACCUUCUGGUGCUGGAAAGACGACAUUUCUUAACACACUGAGUGGAAAAGCUUACUAUGGGGUAUAG